AUGUGUCCGACUGACAAUUCAAAAACUGGCAAAAUGAAAGCUUUAAUUUUAGUCGGAGGUUACGGCACAAGAUUGAGGCCUCUUACACUAAGCAGACCAAAGCCUUUAGUAGAAUUUGCAAAUAAGCCUAUGCUCAUUCAUCAAAUUGAAGCUCUUGUUGAUGCAGGUGUGACUGAAAUUGUACUAGCAGUUUCAUAUAGGGCUCAACAAAUGGAAAAAGAAUUAACGGAAAGAGCGGCAAAUUUGGGUGUAACAUUAAUUUUUUCCGAAGAGAGUGAGCCCCUAGGAACUGCUGGCCCUUUAGCACUUGCAAGAGAAAUUUUAGGAACAUCAUCAGAACCUUUUUUCGUACUUAAUUCAGAUAUAAUAUGUGACUUUCCAUUUAAAGAAAUGUAUGAAUUCCAUAAAAAUCAUGGGAAAGAAGGAACGAUUGUUGUAACAAAAGUCGAUGAGCCAUCUAAAUAUGGAGUCGUGGUGUAUGGAGAAGAAGGAAAAGUUGAAAGUUUUAUUGAAAAACCCCAGGAAUUUGUUUCGAAUAAAAUUAAUGCUGGCAUGUACAUUUUGAGCCCCUCAGUUUUAAAAAGAAUUGCUUUAAAACCAACAAGCAUCGAAAACGAGUUUUUCCCAAAAUGGCUUCCGAUGGUGAAUUAUUCGCUUUCGAACUACAAGGAUUUUGGAUGGAUACCGCAAAGUUUAAGUACAAGAGAGGGAAUUGUGGGAAACGUACUGGUCGAUUCCACAGCAAAAAUCGGUCACGGAUGUAGAAUCGGGCCUAAUGUCAUCAUCGGUCCGAAUGUAGUCAUAGAAAAUGGGGUUUGCAUAAGACGGAGCACCAUUUUAGAGGGUUCCUAUGUAAAAUCUCAUUCGUGGUUAGACAGUUGUAUUAUUGGUUGGAAAAGUGUUGUCGGCCAAUGGGUGAGAAUGGAAAAUUGUACGGUUCUCGGUGAAGAUGUUUUAGUCAAAGAUGAAAUUUACAUAAAUGGGGGUCAAGUUUUACCACAUAAAGCAAUAUCAACGAGUGUCGUCGAACCCAUGGUGAUCAUGUGA